CUGUUGCUUGCGUGCGGAACGCUAACAAGUCAGUGACAAUAAGACAGCCCUUUCCCCUCCCCUUUUAGCAGAUAGUGAUUAGGUGCUACCUGACUCUGUCAACUAGAGCAUAGUACAGAAUAGAGACAUUGAAGAGGUGGACACAAGGUUCUUCAUCCUGAUAUAACCCAUUGGACAUACAGUCAUUAAUUGCCAUGGACAAGACAGUACAGUCCUUCCAGAUGCCUGGCCCUGUCGUCACCUUCCAGAACCUCUGCUACUGUGUUGAAGAAUGUAGAGGCCCAUGCAGAAGGAAAGGACCGGAAAAGGAGAUUCUUAAGGAUGUCAGUGGAAUCAUGAGACCUGGAAUAAAUGCUAUUAUGGGCCCCACAGGCAGCGGAAAAACCUCGUUGCUUGAUGUCAUUGCAGGCCGGAAAAAUCCUACAGGCUUGCGCUCUGGCCAGGUGCUAGUGAAUGGCAAGCCUGUGACAUCUGACCUGAGACUUAGCUCAGCAUAUGUGGUUCAGGAUGAUAUUCUGAUGGGGACUCUGACAGUCAGAGAAAACCUCACCUUCUCAGCAAACCUGCGUCUGUCUCGCAAGCAGUACUCUUCCUUAGACAAGGAACAGAAAGUCAACAAUGUCAUUAAAGAGCUGGGUCUCCAGGACUGUGCAGACACCAAGAUCGGGACGGAGUUUUUGCGGGGCGUGUCAGGCGGGGAGAAGAAGAGGUGUAGUGUUGGCAUGGAGCUCAUCACCUCUCCCUCCCUCCUCUUCCUCGACGAGCCAACCACUGGUCUGGAUGCCAACACCGCCAACUCUAUCAUCUCCCUACUGCACAGUCUAUCCAGGAAGGGGAAGACAGUCAUCUUCUCUAUCCACCAGCCAAGAUAUUCUAUUUUCCGGCAGUUUGAUCACCUCACCCUCAUGAACAAGGGAGAGAUCAUCUACGCUGGGGCUGCAAGCCAAGCUAUGGAUUACUUUGAGGAAAUGGGGUACCAGCGUGAGGAAUUUAACAAUCCUGCUGACUUCUUCCUGGACAUUAUAAAUGGAGACAUCGUCCCCACUCUGGACUUCAGAAAUGCAGGGCAGGCAGAGAGGAACCCUCUGGCCCUGCAGUACAGGCAGUCGGUGUACUGCAAUCAGGUGAUGGAGCAGCUGAAGCAGCUGUCGGGGGUGGUGGAUCCAUCUGUCUCUUCCAUCCAGGAGAAGGCCUCCUAUGUAACGCCCUUCCACUACCAGCUUAUGGUGUUAGUUGGCCGUACUGUGAAGAACACAUUGAGGAACCCACAGACCUCUUAUGCACAAAUGGCUCUGAACAUCACCUUUGCUGUUCUGGUGGGACUCAUCUACUAUCAGAUUCCCAAAACUCUGCCUGAGGCCCUGCAGAACAGGAUUGGAGCAUUCUUCUUUCUCAUCAUCAACAUGGUAUUUGGCAACUUGUCGGCAGUUGAACUCUUCAUCAAUGAGAGAGCACUCUUUAUCCAUGAGAACUCCAGUGGUUACUACCGCACAUCUGUCUACUUCCUGUCCAAGGUCUUUGCAGAUCUCCUGCCAAAUCGUAUCCUCCCAAUCUUCAUCUUCUCCAGUAUUUCCUACUACAUGAUGGGUUUGAAACCGAAUGCGGACGCAUUCUUCCUGUUUGCCCUAACCAUGUGUCUUGUCAGCUUGGCAGCCGUCGCUCUGGCCUUUCUGGUCAGCGCCAGCGUGGCAUCCUUCGCAAUGGCAAACAUUCUUAUUGCCCUGCCAUACGUCUUCAUGAUGGUUUUUGGUGGCUUCUUGGUGAAUCUGAACUCUAUGCUUAGUUGGUUAUCUUGGCUGAAGUGGGCUAGCAUUUUCCGCUAUGGUUUAGAGGCAGUGACUAUAAAUGAGAUGAAGGGGCAAGUGUUUUCCAUGGGUAACAUCACUUUAACAGGAGAGAUGUACCUGAAGGCUCAGGGCAUUGACUACAGUCUGUGGGGAUUCUGGCAGAACCAAGUGGCUCUGUUUGGCAUCAUGUUUGUGUGCAUGGUGCUGGCAUAUGUCCAAUUGCGCAGGAUCAACCGCUGGAAGUGAAGGGCAUCAGGAAUUAGGAUGUGAAGGUUUGGGGGGGAGCAGACACUUUAUCAACCGGGCACUGCAUCUGUUACUGCCUAGUGUAACACAAAAAGCUUCUGUUCCUUUUAAUCCACACACAUUUUGUUCUCAUGGCCAAACACCCUCUGAUUUUCAGCUCUGCUUCAUCCAACUCAAUGUACAUCCUUCCAAUACCCAGCAAUUAAUUUCUGUCCCCUAUAGGGGACAUGAGUCUCUGGUCUUAAUCUCAAGAACCAUAUAUUCUAUUACGCCACAACUGACAUUCAAUAAAAAUA